AUGGAUUCUAAUAGGCCACUUUUGUUACAAUCACCAAGAACACCAAAUGAUCAAGAAUUUCCAACACUUCCAGUUUUUCCUGAAUUACCAAAAUCAAAAUCAAGUUCAAGCAACACAGUUACAUUCUCCGGUGUGGAAUAUGGUAUACAAGUUGAUAAUAAGAACUCUUCAAACUCAUCAACAACGUCAUCAUCAAGUAAAAGUAUUAUGUCAAUUCAUUCAAUGAGUUCUAACAAGCGGAACAAUAGUGUAACAAACUCGGGGUCAAGAAAAUCUGUGAGGUAUGGUUCAAAAGGUGGUGGUGGAGGUGAUUCUGAUGGAUUAAGCAUGUCACAGAGAGAGUUAAGAGAUGAAGAUGCGAGAUUGGUAUACAUCAAUGAUCCUGAUAAAACGAAUGAGAAUUUCGAGUUUUUUGGAAAUUCGAUCCGAACUGCUAAAUACUCAAUUCUCACUUUCAUUCCAAGGAACUUGUUUGAGCAGUUUCAUAGAGUUGCUUACGUAUAUUUUCUCAUCAUUGCUAUACUUAAUCAGCUUCCUCAACUCGCGGUUUUCGGGCGAUACGUUUCGAUUCUGCCGUUGGCUUUCGUUCUGUUUGUGACUGGUGUGAAAGAUGCUUUUGAGGAUUGGAGGAGACAUAAUUCAGAUAAAGUUGAGAACAACAGGUUAGCAUCAGUUUUGGUUCAUGAUGGUAGCUUUGCAGACAAGAAAUGGAAGGAUAUUAGGGUUGGUGAGAUUGUGAAAAUCAAAACAAAUGAAACAAUUCCUUGUGACAUUGUUUUGUUGUCAACUAGUGAUUCAACUGGUGUAGCAUAUGUGCAAACUAUUAAUCUCGACGGCGAGAGUAAUUUGAAGACUCGGUACGCGAAAAUGGAGACAGGUUUAAAGAUUCAACCGAGGUUUACCGGUUUGAUUAAGUGCGAGAAACCAAAUAGGAACAUAUACGGGUUUAUGGCGAACAUGGAGAUUGAUGGUAAGAAGUUAUCACUUGGAUCAACCAACAUUGUGCUUAGAGGAUGUGAGCUCAAGAAUACUAGUUGGGCGCUUGGUGUCGCGGUCUACUGCGGCCGCGACACCAAGGCUAUGCUCAACAGUUCUGGAGCUCCGUCGAAGAGGAGUCGUCUAGAGACGCGUAUGAAUUACGAAAUUAUUAUGCUGUCUUUCUUUCUUGUUGCAUUGUGUACGAUUACGUCGGUUUGUGCAGCGGUUUGGUUGAAACGCCAUAAAGACGAGCUGAAUCUGUUGCCUUAUUAUAGGAAACUUGAUUUUUCCAAGGCGAAAGUUAAAGACUAUAAGUACUAUGGAUGGGGAUUGGAAAUCUUUUUCACAUUCCUUAUGUCAGUUAUAGUUUACCAAGUCAUGAUUCCCAUUGCUUUGUAUAUUUCUAUGGAGCUUGUUCGCGUUGGUCAGGCCUAUUUCAUGAUCGAAGAUGAUCGAUUGUUUGAUAAAGCUACGAAUUCGAGGUUUCAGUGCAGGGCUUUAAAUAUUAAUGAAGAUUUGGGACAGAUUAAGUAUGUUUUCUCAGAUAAAACCGGUACACUUACCGAAAAUAAGAUGGAGUUUCAAUGUGCUAGCAUUUGGGGAGUUGAUUACAGUUCCUCAAAAGCCAGCAUGGAGGAUGAACAAACCGAAUACUCGGUGCAAGUUGAUGGAAAGGUGUUGAAACCGAAGAUGAAGGUGAAAGUUAAUCCGGAGCUUUUGAAAUUGGCGAGAAAUGGAUUUCGAAAUGUGGAAGGAAAAAGGAUUUACGAGUUCUUUCUAGCACUUGCAACCUGCAAUACUAUUGUGCCUCUUGUUGUUGACACACCUGAUCCUGAUGUCAAGCUGUUAGAUUACCAAGGUGAAUCGCCCGAUGAACAAGCAUUGGCGUAUGCCGCGGCCGCCUAUGGUUUUAUGCUCAUCGAACGAACCUCCGGCCAUAUCGUCAUUGAUAUUCAUGGAGAAAGACUAAAGUUCAAUGUCUUGGGUUUACAUGAAUUUGACAGUGAUAGAAAAAGAAUGUCGGUUAUAUUAGGCUACCCCGACAAUUCAGUUAAGCUUUUCAUCAAAGGAGCCGACACAACCAUGUUUAGUAUAAUCGACAAAUCAUACAACAUGGACUUGAUAAAAUCGACAGAAACUCAUCUUCACUCGUAUUCAUCUCUCGGUUUACGAACACUUGUGAUUGGAAUGAGAGAACUCAACACUUCCGAGUUCGAACAAUGGCAUGCAUCCUAUGAAGCAGCGAGCACCGCAGUGUUUGGCAGGGCUGCAAUGCUUAGAAAAAUUUCAAACCAUGUUGAAAACAAUGUUUGCAUAUUAGGAGCUUCUGCUAUCGAAGAUAAACUACAACACGGCGUGCCUGAAGCAAUCGAGUCUCUAAGGGCAGCAGGGAUUAAAGUCUGGGUGUUAACUGGUGACAAGCAAGAAACUGCUGUAUCGAUCGGGUUCUCAUCGAAACUCUUAACAAGAAGCAUGACUCAAAUUAUUAUUAGUAGUAAUAAUAAAGCUUCGUGUAGAAAAAGUCUCAAAGACGCUCUUGAAAGAUCUAGAAAACUUGAUGCAGUUUCAACGCAGAUCGCUUUGAUUAUCGAUGGUGGAAGCCUUGUUCACAUUCUCGACACUGAUCAUGAAGAAGAGCUAUUUCAACUUGCAAGUUUGUGUUCUGUUGUUCUUUGUUGUCGAGUUGCUCCACUGCAAAAAGCUGGUAUUGUUUCCCUAGUGAAGAAGAGAACAUCUGACAUGACACUAGCUAUCGGAGACGGUGCUAAUGAUGUGUCAAUGAUUCAAAUGGCUGAUGUUGGAGUUGGUAUCAGUGGACAAGAGGGUAGGCAAGCUGUAAUGUCAUCGGAUUUUGCAAUGGGACAGUUUAGGUUCUUAGUUCCUCUCUUGUUGGUUCAUGGUCACUGGAAUUACCAAAGGCUUGGUUACAUGAUACUAUACAAUUUCUACAGAAAUGCUGUCCUGGUUCUUGUCCUAUUUUGGUAUGUACUCUACACGGCUUUCACUUUAACAACCGCUAUAAACGAAUGGAGCUCCACAUUGUAUUCAAUAGUCUACAGCGCACUACCGACUAUCAUCGUCGGAAUUCUCGACAAAGAUCUUGGUAGAAGCACUCUCCUAAGGUACCCUCAGCUUUAUAGUGCUGGCCAAAGAAAUGAAGCUUACAACAAGAAACUGUUUAUGUUAACAAUGGCUGAUACAUUGUGGCAAAGCAUGGUUAUAUUUUGGCCUCCACUCUUUGCAUAUUGGAAAAGUACUAUUGAUGUAGCAAGUAUAGGAGAUCUUUGGACUUUGGCAGUGGUUAUUAUUGUCAAUUUACAUUUGGCAAUGGAUGUUGUGAGAUGGUAUUGGGUGACUCAUGCUGUCAUUUGGGGAUCUAUUGCUGCUACUUUCAUUGCUGUCAUGAUCAUUGAUUCUAUACCUAAACUUCCUGGUUUCUGGGCCUUCUUUCAUGUUGCAAACACUGGAUUAUUCUGGGCAUUGUUACUAGGAAUUAUCAUAGCAGCAUUGCUUCCACGUUUGGUUGUAAAGUUUAUUUAUCAAUAUUACUUUCCAAGUGAUAUUCAAAUUUCUAGAGAAGCUGAAAAAAUGAGACAAUAUCAAAGAGUUGCUGAAAAUCAACAAAUAGAAAUGCUUCCUGUCUCAUAUCAUCAACAAACAAGAUAA